UUAACAAGAGCAAGAAAAAAAAAAAGAAGAAAAGAAAAAGAGUAUAGGAAUCAAGAGCAGUCAGCGGAGCCCCAGCAGAGAUCAGGGAAGAGCUUCUGUCCUGAGGAGUGUGAGGCACGGACCAGCAAAGCCAACAUUUAUGUGAAAUUCCUGGGGCUGCCGACAACAUGGGAAUCCUGAUGUCACCUGGCCGAAGCUGCUGUGCCCUGGCCAUCCUGCUGGCAAUGGUGGACUUCCAACGUGGCGGCUGCAUCCGGGUCACCAGCUCAGCAUCCCAGAGAGGAGGGCGACUGGACUUCACCUGUACUUUGUGGCACAAGAAAGAGGAAGCGGAGGGGCUCGUACUCUUCUGGUGCAAAGACAUGUCCUGGGACUGUUCCCCUGACACCAGCUUAGAGCAGCUAAGGGUUAAAAGGGAUCCUGGGACGGAUAGCAUCACUGAACAGUCAUCACAGUUGGUGUUCACCAUAGAACAAGCCACGCCAUCAGACAGCGGGACCUACCAGUGCUGUGCCAGAAGCCAGAAGCCAGAAAUCCACAUUCAUGGCCAUUUCUUCUCUGUCCUAGUUACAGGGAACCACACCGAGAUAAGGCAGAAACAAAGGCAGCACCCUGGCUUCAGCAGCUUUGACAGCAUCUUCAGUUCCGGCUUCCUGCAAGUCAAGGCCGGGGGGUUGCUGAUCGCAAGCCUGGUGGCCCUUCAAGCUCUAUAAACCUUGUGACAAAAAAAGACACCCUUCAAAAGGUACAGCAAGAUAAAUCUGACAAUGCACACAGAGAAAAAUGGUACCGGGAACAGAUGCUAAGUAGUCCGGGAAUCCGGAGGGCCAGUAAGAUGGCGCACACCAGGACAGGGGCGUGCCUGUCAAGCUGCAGCUCAAACCUCCGUACCCACAGGUGGAAGGACAGACUGACUCCCACAAGCUGUCCUCUGACCUCCACGGCACUGCCGUGCCCCACCCCAAUAAAUAAAACCACUCCAAGGAUCCUCGGGGCACGUGGCACACUCCUGGGUCUCCCCGCCUUCCUGCCAGUGCAAGCUUGCCUUCUCCCACCCCGGUGCCAAUAAAGAAAACAGUUUGCAAA